AUGUCAAAAACUCCAGCUAAACUUGUAGAUUGUAGUUCAACCCUCAGCAGAGUUGGUAACCACCUCCAAAUGGGUGUUGUUGGUAUGCCAAAUGUUGGUAAAAGUUCAUUGUUCAAUUUAUUAUGUAAAAUGUCAAUUCCAGCUGAAAAUUUCCCAUUUUGUACUAUUGAUCCAAAUUUAUCACGUUGCGCUGUUCCAGAUGAACGUUAUACUUGGUUAUGUGAACAUUGGAAACCAAAGAGUGAAGUCCCAUCUUAUUUACAAAUCACUGAUAUUGCUGGUUUAGUUAAAGGUGCUUCAACUGGUGCUGGUCUUGGUAAUGCUUUCCUUUCUCACAUUCAACAAGUCGAUGGUAUUUACCAUAUGAUUCGUGCCUUUGAAAAUGAUGAAAUCAUUCAUGUUGAAGAUUCAGUCGACCCAGUCAGAGAUUUAGAUAUCAUUUCAAAAGAAUUAAUUGCCAAAGAUAUUGAAUUCACAACUAAAGCUUUAAAAACUUUACAAACCUCUUUAAAAAAUAAAACAAUUGAUAAAGCUAAACAAGUUGAACUUGGUACUUAUAAUAAAGUUUUAGAAUUAUUAGAAUCAGGUAAACAUGUAAGAUAUGGUACUUAUUCAAAUGCUGAAACUGAACAUGUUCGUGAUUUACAUUUAUUGACAUCAAAACCAGCAAUUUAUUUAAUCAAUCUUUCUGAAGAAGAUUUCAUUAGAAAGAAGAAUAAAUGGUUAGCAAAGAUUAAAGCAUGGGUUGAUGAAAAUGGUGGUGGUACAAUGAUUCCAGUUUCAGUAAGUUUUGAAAAAGCUUUAUUGGAUUUAUCUUCAGAUGAUGAAAGAAAAGCAUAUGAAAAAGAAAAAGGUGCAGUUAGUAUUAUGCCAAAAAUCAUUAAAACUGGUUACAGCACAUUAAAUCUCAUCAAUUUCUUUACAUGUGGUAAAGAUGAAGUUAGAAGUUGGUGUUUACAAAAAGGUAACAAAGCUCCACAAGCUGCUGGUGUCAUUCACACUGAUUUCGAAAAAGGUUUCAUUAUGGCUGAAACUAUGGCUUAUUCUGACUUUUUCGAAUUAAAAUCUGAAGCUGAAUGUAAAUCAAGAGGAAAAUAUAGAAUGGAAGGUAAAAACUAUGAAGUUGUUGAUGGUGAUAUUAUUUUCUUCAAAUUCAACGUAUCAAAUAAUAAGAAAAAAUAA